CCUCCCCGUCGGCCGGCCGUCGGCGCCGGCCUUGGCUUGGCCGUCGUCCCCUGCCACGCCAGAGGGUGAAGGGACGGCACCGCUUCGUUCGUUCCUUCCUUCCUCGGCCGCAACGCAGGGGAGAGCAGUCUCGCUCGCGUCGCCUGCCUCCUCGUCCCGCGACCGGCGACGGCGCCGACUUCCUCCUCCGACGCGUGAGAGAGAGGCGACGGCGCAGGAGAACCCGAAGGCCCCCAUCCCUCCCUCCUGCGUUUCUUUAUAAUGGAAAUUCAAGACAGGAGGCAAGGAAAAAUCCAAUGAGAUGAUUUAUCACCCUGCAACAUAAUGGACAGUAUAGGAGUGGCAUGCAAUUCCAUACUAGCUUAUGAUGAAUCAACUUCAGAGAGUGACAGUGAUUACAUUCUUGGAGAUGAUUGCCCAUCAGAGGAUGAUGAAGAGGCUGUAGAGAUACACAAGCAUUUUAAAGAACUGAGGGAUAAGUUUAAGGCAGGAAAAGUAGAUAAGUUGGAUGAUGUUGUUUUUGAGGGACAGAGAUGCAACACAACUGUGCAAGCUGGUGCUGAACAAGAUGGUAAUGACACCCCAGAUAGUGAUGAUGAAGAAUCAGUAGAAGAGGAUGGUAGUGAUGGAGAGGUUUAUACUAGAAAACUCAAGUAUCCAAGGUUCAAGAAGACGCCUGGAAUUCCAAUAUUUGAAUUAGGAAUGAAGUUUAGCUGCAAAAAGCAGUUCAAGAAUGCUAUUACAACAUAUGCUUUAGCAGAGAGGAGGGCGAUCAACUUUAUCAAAGAUGACCCUAAGAGGGUGAGGGCAAGAUGUGACUGGCCUAGCUGCCCCUGGGUUUGUCUACUGUCAAAGAACUCAAGGACCGAUGGUUGGCAGAUAGCAACACUAGAAAAUUCCCAUGCUUGCCCCUCUAGAAGAGACAACAAGUUGGUGACUUCUUCUAGGAUUGCUGAGAAGUAUGGCAAGUUUAUAGUUGCAAACCCAUCAUGGAGCUUAGCACACAUGAAAGCAACAGUACAAGAAGAUAUGUUUGUUGAUGCUUCCAUCUCCAAGCUGAAGAGAGCCAAAUCCAUUGCCAUGAAGAAAGCAAUGGAUACAACUAAGUGGCAAUAUCAAAAGCUGUAUAAUUAUCAGCUGGAGCUACUUAGAAGUAACCCUGGAAGCACUGUUGUUGUGAAUAGCGAGGUAGAUGUGGAUCCACCUGUUUUCAAAAGGAUCUACAUAUGCUUUGAUGCAUGUAAGAAAGGCUUUCUAGCUGGGUGUAGAAAAGUGGUAGGACUUGGUUGCUUCAAAGGAGCAACAAAUGGAGAGCUCCUUUGUGCUAUAGGAAGGGAUGCCAAUAAUCAGAUGUAUCCAAUUGCAUGGGCAGUGGUGCACAAGGCGAACAAAGAAGAAUGGGACUGGUUCUGUGGCUUGUUGUGUAGUUAUGACUUGGAAGUAGGUGAUGGAUCUGGCUGGGUGUUCAUAUCAGACCAUCGGAAGGAAAUUAUUAAUGCUGUGGAGAAAUGGGCUCCACAAGCUGAACACAGGAUCUGUGCUAGGCACAUAUAUUCUAAAUGGAAGAGACACUUCAAUGACAAGGAACACCAGAAAAGGUUCUGGAAGUGUGCCAAGGCUUCUUGCAAAAUGUUGUUCAACUUGGCAAGGGCAAAGCUGGUACACCGUACAACUGCUGAAGCACAGACCAUCUUGAAUACUGAUCCACGGCAUUGGAGCCGAGCGUGGUUCAGGUUGGGCUCUAACUGCGACUUAGUUAACAACAGCAUGUGUGAGUCCUUCAACAAAUGGAUUCUAGAGGCUAGUUUCUUUCCAAUAAUCACAAUGCUUGAGACAAUUAGAAGGAAAGUAAUGGUUAGGAUCCAUGAUCAGAAAACUAUAUCAGGUAAAUGGACCACAUCAAUUUGCCCAAGCAUUCUGAAAAAGUUGAAUGUAUAUAUCACCGAGUCAAAAUUCUGUCAUGCAAUAUGCAAUGGAGAUGAUAGCUUUGAAGUAAAACACCAUGACAAUAGGUUGACAGUACACCUAGACAAGAAGGAGUGCUCUUGUAGAUAUUGGCAACUGUCAGGAUUACCAUGUCCUCAUGCAAUAUCAUGCAUUUUGUUGAAAACUAAAUCACUGGAUGAUUACAUUGCUGAGUGUUAUUCAGUGAAAGAGUUUAGGAAAAUUUAUAGUCACUGCCUGGAACCAGUAGAGGGCAUGAGCAGCUGGCCACAAGAUGAUAGAAAGCCACUUAAUGCUCCUGAGUAUAUCAAGAUGCCAGGAGAGGCCAGAAGAGAACCCAUCGAACCAUCCAAAGCCACCAAAAUGUCAAGGAUUGGCUCAAUCAUCAGAUGCGGGAAGUGCAAGCAAAUUGGCCACAACAAAUCCACUUGUGAUAAGCAUCAUGUAGGAGGUUAUAUCGCACCAGAUUCUCACCAAGUGGCAAAUUCAGCUGAUAAUUUAGUGCUCUCAAGCACACAGCAAAGCUCUAAACAGGGCAGGAAAAGAAAGACACGUACAACCGUUAACACCAAGUCUGCAAGUCAGUCAAGGAAAACGAAAACAGCGCCUUCAAAGCAAAAGGCACCAAUGGACCUGCAUGCUAUUAUGCCAUACUCUCAGGGUUCUGCUAGUGCUUCAAUUAAGGUCACUUCUGGGAAAUCAUUAGUCAAUGUUUCAGCCCAAGAAUCAUCAAAGGUCAAGCCAAAGAAAUUUGCAACUGGUCUACUGCUUCUUAUUCCCCCAUGGGAAUCCGACAAACUGUGAUGUAAGUUGCGUGUUAUUGAACUUGUAUGGGAUCUAAUGCCACACAAUUAGGUCAUCUAUUAGACUUGUCUCUGACGUAAUGCUAGACUUUAUGGACUGUUAUUUAGUUGCCAGUUGGCAUAUUGAUGCAGUCAAGUGUGAUGUAUUGCAAUACUACAUGGCAUAUUGAUGCAGUCAAGUGUUGUUCAUGCCCUUGUUACCUUGUAUGAUCUAGUUGAGCCUGGAAAAGAGUUGUGCUGUUGUAAACCAGAAAUAGAGAUCACUAAUUGAGCCUGACGAAGUUAUUUGUAAUAUGCGACUAGGGCCUUCCUACAGGUAUAAACAUCACGUACAUUAGCUACAAUGUGACAAUGUCCAAACGUGGUUGAUAGACCUUGUUAAUUUAUC